UUACUUUCUGAAAAUAUCGAAAUGCUUAGAUGAAGAAUUAGUAGUAAUGUAAAAGCUAUUGAAAUGACUGGAACGUUCUUGUUUUCUGUUCUCGUAAUUGGAUUUGCCACAUUUUUAGAAGUGGAGACAAAGAUCAAUGCGUACUUUACCAAAGUGGAGUGUAUAAAUCAAUGGCCGGAACUAAUGCCAGAUCUUAGUUGCUACUCAAAUAGCUCUGUCAAUGGUGAGAGUGGUUCAUUUUCUGCAGAGUUCACACUGGCUGAAAAUGUUAAGGAGCUUAGUGGAAUUUAUAUAGUUGGCAUACAACGGGGAAAGCUAAUAACAAAUUAUACAGCAUCAGAAAUGAAUUUCUGUGUGGCUUUGGAGACAGUACAAAAUAAUUAUCUACUUAAAAUGAUCGCCGAUGAGUUGCGUCGAGUGGGAAAUUUUCCUUUGCAAUGUCCAUUUAAAAAGAAACAUCGCUAUUAUUUAAAGGACUAUAGAAUCGAUACAAAGCUAAUUCCAAGCUAUACACCGGAUUUGACUUUUGUAACGGAUUGUGUGAUUGCUACACAGAAACGCACAAUAUUCCGCUUUAAGACAUAUGGAAGAGUUUUUAAAAAAUCGGGAAAAUCGGGAAGAUGAAUAUAAUCAUAAAGCACCAAUAUUUUGGAUAGGGCAGAUAUUUUUAAUGGUUGUGUAUUUAGUUCAAAGCAAGGGGUAUUGAAUAAG